AUGACGUUCAGACUUGACCGCUUGCUUGUCUUGAAGACGGCAGGGAGCGUACCCGAAGAGCCUCGCUCAGCGCCGUCAGCCGCCCCGUCGCUUACAUAUUCGGAGUCGGCCGACGAGAUAGAAAUUGAAGAACCCCGCCAAAAAGAGCCCCGGCCUCGCCGCGCAUCAACGCGAUUGAUCGCGCAAAGCCCGGCUGACGUGCAGCGCAUCACGGGCGAGACCACAACGCAACUGAUUAGAAGGUGCUGCGGUGGUGGCUGCUGCCUCAGCCUGGGUUCCAAAAAUGAUGGCACUCAGUACGAGGACAUCGAGUUUCCCGACAAUGACGCAUACAGAUCGCUGCUGCUCAAGAUUGACCAAAUCCCGACUGCCUUGAGCAACUUCUGCGAUCUACCGGAACAAACCGUAUUCCUACAACCCCUGCGGCGACCGUCCAACCCGCCGUCUCCAAACGAGUCACCUACCAAUGCGGAUCGCAACAUACGCAUUGUCUCCGACAUCGAGAAGACGAUGCAGGGCCUGAGCAUGGAGGAUCUCGACACAGAAAUACAGCCGCCAUCCUUUGUCCAACCGCACCCGCCGCAUCACGUCUUCCCUGCCCGCAUCCACAACACACGCGAGCUGACAGGACAAGGCGCCGAGAAGCGUACAUUCCACUUUGAUCUGGAUGUCACUGGCUACCCCGAGGGCGAAGAUACCGACUUCAAGGUUGGCGGAGCAAUUGGCGUAUCGGCACCCAACGAGGCUUCAGCAGUUGAUGAGGUCCUCGAUCUCCUCCUUAUACCCCGUUUCCUACGCGACAAACCCGUGCUACUGCGGACAACAACAGGAAGAUGGCCUACCGUUUGGGGCAGUGAUCAAGCCCGAGAACUGGUUACGACACGCCGGGAUUUAUUGACCUGGUGCUCCGACUUUCAGUCAUACCCACCAACGAAGCAGCUUCUCCGCGUCCUCGCCGAAUACGCAACCGACAAGAUUGAGCGCAAGAUUUUACUGUACCUAUGCUCAGCUGAGGGGCAGGGCGUCUUCUGCGACUUCAGGACGGGCCCACACGUUUCUCUUAUCCAGAUUCUAAAUGCCUUUCCCAGCGCCAAGCCGCCUCUGGAUUUUGUUCUCUCAUUCCUACAGACCCUAAUGCCGCGCUUCUACUCUCUGUCGAACGAUCCCCACGAGUCGUUUUUGACACGCGACGGCAAGCGACACCGCUUGAUUGAGAUAGCUGUCACUGUUCAUGAGGCGGCUGACUGGCGGUCAGGCAGGCGUCCAGGUGUUGGGUCGGGCUUCUUCCAACGACAGGCUCUCAAGUUUCUGGAAGCCCAGAAAAGGGGCGAAAAGGAUAUUGAGAUCUAUAUUCCCGUGUUCAAGGGCUUGAUGGCCAACCCCCUUGCCAAACAGUUUGUGUCGGACGGGCCCAUGCUCCUGAUUGGAGCCGGAGUCGGCAUCGCGCCUUUCCGAGGCUUUGUUCAACGCCGUCUCAAGACAGCGAACUGUGCAAAUAAGGUCUGGGUUCUUCAGGGUAUCCGCGAUUCGCUUGUCGACGAGCUGUACAGCGGCGAAUGGGGCGUGCAUGAGGAUGAAGUGAAGAAGGUUGUCCAGAGUCGACGUGGUGAGGGUCGCUACGUCCAGGAAGAAGUCAAGCACCAAGCUGACCUUGUCUGGUACAUCAUUAAUUCCGUUGACGGGCGCGUUUUCGUUUGUGGCAGCACCAGGGGCAUGGGCGAGGGUGUCGAGAAAGCCCUGAUUGAGGUUGCAAUGGACAAAGGCAACCUAGAGCACGACGAGGCCAAGCAAUUUUGGGACCUUAAGAAAGAAGCUGGGCAGUACAUCGCUGAAACAUGGUAG